AGUCGAAGUCUUGAUAAACUUGAAGAAGCCAACCACCAAAAAACAGGUGACCUUGCACCCUCCUCCUCCUCAACGGUUGGUGCAAGGCUCCUCCUCCCUUCUGCCUCCCACUUUAUCUUAUCCAUCACUGUAAUUUCCGAACAGACAAAAAUCGAAGCCUGCUACAGAGCCUCUUCGGAAAACCCCUUUCGAGCUUUCCCUUUGAUAUUUUAUUGCCCCUUUAUUCCCACUGUCUCUCUCUGAUUGAAACUUUAAACCACCAUAUCACAUAUUUUAAAAUCUCAUCUCUUUCACUUUUUGUUCCCCACUUCUGAUUUCAAUUCUCAGGCUUUUUUCGACCCCAAUCUCUCUUGGGUAGUUCUUGUUUUGUGAUAUUUUUCUUGAAUCUGUAAUUUUUUCUUCGAAAUUUUGGUUCUUGCAAUUCUGGGUCACUUCGAUUUCAGUUUAUCUUUCACUUUUGAUAUCUGGGCAAUCUGAGAUCUCAGUUUCUGAAACUGGGUUGUGCUGAUUUCGAUCCAAUUCGAUUGCUUUCCGUCGAAUUUCAAUCCCAAGGCAAUGUCACAGGGCUAUGCAAUCGAGCUUUAUUUCGAUCCAGCCCUCGAAAACCAGGUCUUGAAGGCUUGGAACGUGCUCGCCCGCCGUCAGAUUAGUACCCAGCUCAUCGAAAUCGAAUCACGACCGCACAUCACCCUCUUCUCAAGCCCCUUCGUCGAACCGGCGAAGCUCGAAAACGUGAUCAGAGCCUUCGCCUCCAAGCAAGAGCCUCUGGCCUUGUCCUUUUCUUCGAUUGGGAGCCUCCCAAAUGACAACAACGUCCUGUUUCUGGCGCCAACUCCAUCGGUUUCGUUGCUGCAGUUUCAGUCCCAAUUGUGCGAGAUAAUGAAGAAGGAAGGUGUUGAAAUUGGGGAGGAGUAUCGCACUGACUGUUGGCUUCCUUACUGUGCUGUUGCUCAGGAAGUGCCCAAGACUCGACUGGCGGAAGCGUUUUGCGUGUUGAGGGACUUGAAGUUGCCGGUUGCAGGGUAUGCCAUGGAUAUUGGAUUGGUGGAGUUUUCGCCGGUUCGCGAGCUAUUCUCGUUUGUGCUAGGUAACACAGUGGAAGCAUGAGAUUUCAGAGUAAUGCUUACGUGUUAAUCUAAAGUUUUAGUUGUUGUUUAAUGAAUAUGUGUUACCUUUUGAUGUUAGUGUAGAUUACUGUCUAUGGUACUACUUAGUGUAGUUACAGAUUUUGAAUUUGAUGUUUUUCGAAUUGGAUAGAUUCAUUUUAUAUUCCCCUUGGAUUGAUACUGUGUUUUGUUCAUGUUGAUGAUGUUUCAAAAUACAUAAGACUGUUUCAAAAA